AUGCAACGACAAGAAAGUGAAACGCUAGACACAAUCAGACCUAUAGACCAAACAACUAAAUUCCCUUACAGAGAUGUUCUUUUGACAAACACACUUGUCAAGAACUAUGACUUGGAAACAGGCAAUAAAAUCAUUAAUAAUUUCAUUAUACUUCAAGAAAUCGGUAGAGGUGUUCACGGUAAAGUGAAGCUAGCUCAAGACACGCAUACAAGUGAACUUGUGGCAAUCAAAAUCGUGGAUAAAAAGAACAGAAGAAGACAGAUGGGUUAUCAUCUUUUAAGAGGAAGUCAAGCACAAGGUGGAUCAGAACCUGUCUCAAAAGAAAACGAGCAUAAAAUCAGACGAGAAAUUGCCAUUUUGACAAAAUGCUGUCAUCCAAAUGUAGUUCGUUUAUAUGAAGUCAUUGACGAUCCUACCAGUCGAAAGAUCUAUAUGGCACUGGAGUACACAGCAAGUGGCGAGAUUGAAUGGAGAGAUGAGCAUGAUAAGCCUGUGAUGACAGUAGAUGAAGCAAGACAUAUCUUUAGAGAUAUUGUAUGUGGAUUAGACUAUCUUCAUGCACUAGGCAUCAUUCACCGUGAUAUUAAACCAGCAAAUUUACUUUUGUCGCAUGAAGGAAUAGCUAAAAUAUCAGAUUUUGGUGUAUCUUAUUUUAAUGAGUUACUAGCCAUGAACAAUGCACAUCUUCUGCAGUCAGCAGAUGAGCAAGUGAUGCAGAAAAUAGACCGAGAAUUAGCAGAGACAGCAGGCACACCUGCCUUUUUUGCACCUGAAUUGUGUUGUGCGGGUGAUGCGAAUGAAUCUACAAAAAAGCCACGUAUAUCAAAAGCCAUUGAUGUCUGGGCAUUGGGUGUAACACUCUAUUGUUUUGUCUUUGGUCAAUGUCCUUUUAUUGCUGCUACCGAAUUUGAACUGUUUGAUACGAUUCCUACUCAACCAUUGACAUUUCCCUCUAAAGAACAGAUUGGGUUUGAUAUAGACAGUGAUCUUAAAGAUUUACUUGUCAAAUUGCUUGAAAAAAAUCCAAACGAUAGAAUUACACUCGAUCAAGUCAAAGUGCACCCUUGGGUAAUUGCAGACUUGGCUGAUCCACAAGAAUGGCUUCGUAAAUCAGAUCCACGCCCUUAUUUUACACAACAACAACCCAAAGAAGAAAUGGCAGCCAUAGAAAACAUGAGUAUCAUGGAACGAUUACGCCAAUCCAUUCGAAAACUAUCUUUCUCAUUUGGCAACAGCCCACGUCGUAGAUCGUCCAAGCAACUUUUAUCCCCACAGACAACGCCUCGACCUGCAUCCAAUCAGCCAACAUCUAUACAUCAGCCUACUAUGAGUAAGCAACCUUCUUAUUCCAAAUCAUUAUUACCCCAUACUACCAACUCAGUGACACCCACUGUCUCAUUAUCUACAGGACAUACACUAAUUCUUAAUUCUGGACUUCAUUCAAACAUGAUACCAUCAUCAUCACCACUGCAACCCAUUUCUUAUUUAUCAGAAGACGAUUCUUCUUCUGUCAUGGAGGAGGAUGUGUCUUCUUUAAAGCGACCUGAUAUCAGUAGACGUGUCUCUUCUGCUUCUUCUGCUUCUGGUAUUGCGUUUGGUACACGAUAUCGAAGCCAAAUGACACAACUCACACCAUUAGACAUGGCCACCAAAGAAUAG